GCGUCGUGUCCAUAGACAUAUGUACAUAUAGACUGCGCAUUGUGGCUGCUGAUUGCACACCUGAGAAAGAGACAUAUGCCUUACGCCGUAGCUCUUUCUCUGUCUAUCUAUCGUUCCUCUACUCUUUUGUUUAUCCCCACUACUUCAUUUCGACAAAGAUAAAGGUACGGUCCCACGCCAGCUAUCUCUUUCUAAAGUUGGCGCGUGUUUUCACGCGAGUAAAGUAGGGAACGCGCAGUCUAUAUAUACUAUGUCUAUGGUCGUGUCCGCCUCGUGUUGAUUUCGCGUCCAUCUCGUGUCUCGUUUUACCGACAUUUUGCAAUACAUUAGCAAAUGUAUCGAUCUGUCGAGCAAGAUAUGUUACAAGUGCGCGUAUGAGUUAGAUCAGUGCGCUAAAUUUGUACAAAAACAUAAGAAAGCCCACGAGGUGUUGAGGCCACCAGCGAGAACGCCGAUGCCAUGUUGCUUUCUAUGCUACGAGUUAGUGGACAGUGAUCGUAUCUUCGAUCUUACCAAGGACAAAAACGUGAUAUUUAAUCCUCUACGGAAAAUCCGCAGUAUCUUCAAUGACGACGUCUUCAAGAACAGCAGUUCAAAACUGAUAUGCCUAACGUGUCGAUAUAACUUGGACGUAUUGUACGAUCUAAAAAGGAUUUAUCAGGAAACAAUCACCAAUUUAAAGGCGCUAAUCAAUGAAGAGAUAAACUAUUCAAAUUUUCCAAAAGUACACACAGAUGUUGUAAAUCGCAAAACAACUAUUACCACAUUUCCAGAUAUUACAUUUUAUGGUUCAGUAAAUUCUAGCGAUAGCGAUAGCGAAAACGAAGAUAUCAUGCCGCGUCGUAAACGACAUGCUAAGGGCGGACGUAAGGUGCGGAACAAUGCACAGGUUAAAUUGCAAAACAAGUCAAAUGCCAGAAAUUGCGACAGGUGUUGUAAGACAGUUGCAGGCGGUAUCGACAUGUACCGAAUUUAUCGUACAGGUCUAACGGUGUGCAAGAAUUGUUGGAUAACAAUAGAUCCAGGUACUGAUAAAACACGUCGUACCCGUCAGAUACGAUCCACUUUGGCAGAAACGAAAUUGUGCGCAGUUUUCUUAACUGACGUGCUGAACCAAGAACCGUACAGGAAAAAGAAGACGCACAAAGAGAUGGAGAAAAAGGAGAACAACGAUAUGUCGUGCAACAGUUUACAGGAAGAAACAAGAUAUGCUGAAAGUAGUCCUUUGAAUGUCUCGUACAAGACGAGAAAUUCUAUUGUUAACGGUAAAGCAAGACGAGGAAGAAAGCGACAUUUCAGCACAAUGAGAUCUAUAGACGAUGUCGAGCGCACACCAUCGAAAGUGACAAAAUUAAGUAAGGACCACACAAAUACGAACGAAAUGAAAUCGACGGAAGUGUCAAUCGUUGCAAAACAACAGUCAAGUAGUCGUUUGAUGUCAAGACGAGGACGUAAAAGAAAGAUCAGUAAUAGAAGUUCAGAUUCUGAUGAGUCUCUGGAGCUAAGGAAGAAUCAUAGAGAUAAUUUGAAUGACCGUGUAACUAGAACAAAUAGAAAGAAACUGAAGUUCAUACUUGGAGGGGUAGGAUUAAACGCACGUUCAGAAUCCACCGACGAGACGUCCAAUGAAGACAGUCCAAGAAGCAAGGCGAAAGGUGCAACAAGUUUGUCGUCUGUAUCUACAAAAAAAGGAAAUAAUAGAAGCACUCGUAGUAGAACAAGCUCAUCUUCUAUAUCUAGUGUAGAAAUUCCAUCAUCAACGGAAUUUAAAAGCCCGAAACCCCGAGUACAUUCGGAAAUUAAAACAGAGUACGCUUGCGACAAGUGCGACAAAACAUUUGAUACCAAGUUGUCCAAUGCGAAGCACAGAUUGACGCAUUUCAAGCAAGCUGCGUUAAAACUGGAAAAGUUACCCCUUUCGAGCGUUAAGGGGAAGCAGGAAAUGGAAGUCGAGUUACAAGAUGACAAAUUUUCCGAAGAAGAGUCGCGUUCCAAUAGAACUGCAUCCACUGAUAAGCAUACCGACGAUCCAUCGGAGGAAAUUGCUAUCAAUGUCGAGGAUGACACCGAUGAAGACAUUAAUGAAGAGAUCUUUUCCACUAGAGAAAAGGUAAAGAAAACGGUGGAGACAGAAAUAAGUGAAGAUGUCAACGUAAGCGACAAACCGGAUACAGUAAAGAGUAAGUCGCACGUAGAAGAAGAAUCUACAAACGAUGAAAAUGUUAAAACAAAAGAAUCUGAACAAUGCGAAAAAUCGACAGUUAUUCCGGACGAAACGGUAACAUUAGAUACGGAGGAUGGUGGAGACAGACAGGUUGAAGAUACAACGGAGGACAAGGUUGAGACAUCGGUACAUAGAGACAGUGAUAAAAAUGAAGAUGCGCAAGAAACUGCUGUCACUACAGAAGAAGAUCAUAAUAUGGAUGAUAAAGGUGAAGAAAUGAAAAACGAAGUUCCUUCUACAGAAGAAGAAAAUACUAUUACUGAAUGUAAUAAUGAAAUAGGAGAUGUGGAAGAUUUUCACGAGGAAACACCGCACGAUAGUGAAAUGAUUAGAAAGUCACCAAUUUUAUCAAUUCAUGACACAGUCGAGGAUAAUAAAGAUUAUAGUGAAAGUUAUGAGAAUAAUUUAGAGAAUAAUCGCGAAGAAGAAAUAGAAAGGGAACCAAAAGUAUCAAUAAUGGAUGAGUUUCCGAAGGAAGAUACAAAAGAGCCGGAGAAUAAAGUCGAAAAAAUUACGUUGGCUGACCAAACAGAAACAUUAAGUGAUUCGGCUGACACAAUCAUAAAUGAAGACAACGAAUUGAGAUUGGAAAAACAACAAAAUAAGUUCGAUGAAGAAAAUACGGAGGACGAAAUAAUUACAGAUGUUGACAAACUUAACGGUACAAAAGAUACCUUUAAGCCAGAUCUUUCAAAUAACGAAAAGUAUGACAAGAUGAAAGACAGCAGUGAAGACGAUAUCGCAGUGGUUCCGGUAAGCAGCGACAGAAAUAACGACAGAAUAAAACAUGAGAAAUUCACGGAAGAAACAGCCCCAACAGACAGUUCGAGAGAAAAAGGGAGAUUAGAGGAAGAGCUAAAGGAGAUUGAGAAAUUGGUCGAUGAUAAUGCAAUGAACAAUAAACACAAAAAAAUGCAUGAAAACUCGACUUACACUUUCGACACCAGUUCUACGGAUGCAGCGAACGAAAUAUUGCAGGAGGUAUUUAACCUUGCUGCCGCUGAAGUGCAACAGCGAGAGGAGAAUACGAAGAACUCGGACGAGGUUGAAUUGGAGACACUAGAAAACAUAUCGCGUGAGAUACGCAAGAGUGCCGAUAUGCCGUCUUUAGAACCGAUUAGCAUCAUGGAGAUGGAUGAUAACGAUAUUACAUUGAACUAAUUGCACUUGUGGCAAACAAUUAUUUGUACAUUCUGCCCCAUAUUUGUGAGAAAUUCAUUUUCGUCUUGUGUGCAAUGCCUAUCUAUUUACAGUUACACGGGAGUUCCCAUUUAUUAAAAAGAAAAGAUAUGAACUGCUGGAUAUCUAGAGUCGGUGGACAAAAAUUUAUUGCAAAUUUAUUCUUCAGUAUGCUGAAAUUUUCAAGGUAAUUCGAGUUUCAUAACUUAAUUUUUUUCAUCAAAUAAAGAAAAUUGGAAGGAUUGCAAUAUCCAAGCCAAGCAGUUGGUAGAAUUUUGGUUAUACUGUAUAUUACUUUAAGAAUAGUGUUUGUUAAAUAUUAAAGAUAGUUAUGUGUAAGUUUCAUAAUAGUAUUUGCUUCCAUACUGAUUUUCAUGUAACAGAACAAAAUACUAUGAAGCUGUGCUGUAAAAGUGUCAUUAAACAGAGAAAGAACUAAUUCGUUAUAAAAUUAAAAUAUAAAACUAAGUUUGUGUUUAUAACAUUAUUAAGUGUGCUUACAUAUAUAUAAUAUAUAAAUAUUAUAUAUACACACAUAUAUACAUAUAUUAUAUAUUAUAUAUGUGUAUAUACAUAAAGUACAGAAGAAAUAUAAAGUAAGAACACUAUAAAGACAGUUGUAUAAUAAUUUAUCAGAAAUCUGUGUGGCAUUUUGUUUAUGAUGUAUAACGGUAAAUUACUAUUCAUUCAGGUUUGAGUGGAGAAAAUAAGUGAUUUAUCAGGUAGUAAUUAUAAAUAAAUUUCAACGUUUUCGAAUAUGGAACUGUAAAUAAAUUUUUAGGGGCAAAUAUGUCGAUUAUUCAAUUGCUAUAAAUAUACAUUACGUAGACCCUUGAUAAUAAAUUGCAGAAGACGCAGAAAUAAUUAUGAAUAUAAAAAGAUACAUUAUUUUCUUGUUAGACAUUCAUUAAUAUUAUGAUCAGUGGAAAUAUUUAUUAAAUCUUCGAAAUUCUCAUGCUGGUACGAUGCAUUAUUUGUAUCGUUAUUUAAAAAUUUAAUUUUUUAAAUAUAACUUCAUAAAAAUUAUACACAUAUAUACAUAUAUAUAUAUGUUGUAAAAUAGUCUUUGGGGGAGUAAUAUAAUCUUAAGCCUAAUGUAAUAAACUUAAGGAAUGUAUGGGAGAAAUUACAUAUACUAAUGUAAAUUAUAUAAAAGGUAACAUAAUUGCAAUAUAAAA